UUUAAAACCCUGCAUACGACGGGGAAGGUAGAGUUGCGAGUCUUGCGACCGUGUUAGUGAAGUUGUUGACUGACGAAGCGAAACACAGCGACCAAGUUCAGGCGCGAGCUCCGAGACCAGUUAUCUUAUCCCCUUUCAUCAGCGAUGGCUCAAGAAGCAAAACCCAUCACAAGUCCUGUACCAGAAGCGUUGUAUCCGACAUUGGCCCUUUUCAUGCUUGCGAUCGGCUUAGUAGUCACCGCUUCAUUCUUCAUCUAUGCAGCCACUGCAUCCAAACAAUAUCGCAGUUUAGCAAAGGAGCUUGCAACUGGUGCGGCGGCAUCUGUUUUCUUGGGCUUUGGAUCAUUAUUUCUGCUACUUACUUGCGGAGUUUACGUUUGACUUCUAUAGAUGGUUGACAGGGGUUUGCAAAAAAAAAAAUAUAUUUCAGAAGAAUUUUAUUUCAAAAUGGUACUUUGAUGUUAUUUCUAGAAAUUAUGCUUAGUUGUUAAUGUGAGACCAACCCUAAGGUGGCAUUUAAUCAAAGGCCACCCAAUUUUGUUCA